AUGGGGCCCGCUGAGGAGCUGGUCCGGAUUGCCAAGAAACUGGAGAAGAUGGUGGCCAGGAAGAGCAUGGAAGGGGCACUGGAUCUGCUCAAAUCCCUGACCAGCUACACCAUGACCAUCCAGCUGCUGCAGACCACACGGAUUGGAGUGGCUGUGAACUCAGUGCGGAAACACUGCUCAGAUGAAGAGGUGGUGGCCUCAGCCAAAAUCCUCAUCAAAAACUGGAAACGGCUUCUGGAGUCCACCACCACAAAAAAAGAGAAGGAUGCAGAUGGGAAGAAGGAGAAGGACACAGCUGCAGACAAAGAGAAGAAGAAGGGGUUGGAUGUUUCCAGCUGCCCCAGUGAAGGGGUGAAGCACACCAAGAAUACAGCUGAGAAGCCCAGGGAGAAGCAUAAGGAGAGGAAGCCCAGCAACUGUGACUCUCAUGCCAGCAGCACCCAGGGCCACUCUGCUGAUUCCAGCCCAGAGAGAGAGUCCAGUGAUGGCCAGAGCCCCACUGCAUCCUCCAAGAAAUCACCUCUGGAUGGCAAGAAAGAGAGGAGAGCCUCUGCUGACUCCAGGUCCUCAACCAUCUCCUCUUCCUCCCCACAGAAGAGACUGUCGGGGGACAGGAGAGCUUCUCUGGGCACCAGCCUCUCUCCAACUCUCACCAGCUCCCAGAGAAACUCCAGUGACAGCAAGGAAGAAAGAACCAACAGCAGCAAGGCCAAACCUGAGGUGCUGCAAACCCCCACCAGUCCCUCCUUCUCUCCCAGCCCCUGCUUCCUGCCUCCCUGCUAUCUCACGGGCGACUUGGUGCGAGACAAGUGCAUUGAGAUGCUGACAGCUGCACUCCGCAUGGAUGAUGACUACAAGGAGUUCAGUGUCAACUGCGAGAAGAUGGCAUCAGAGAUUGAAGACCAUAUCUUCCAGGAGCUGAAGAGCACGGACAUGAAGUAUCGCAACCGGGUGCGGAGCAGGAUCAGCAACCUGAAGGACCCCAAGAACCCUGGUCUGCGGAGGAACGUGCUGUGUGGGGCCAUCGAGCCCGGUCUCAUCGCCCGCAUGACUGCCGAGGAGAUGGCCAGUGAUGAGCUGAAGAAGCUGCGGAACGCCAUGACCCAGGAGGCCAUCCGGGAGCACCAGAUGGCCAAGACGGGCGGCACUGUCACCGACCUCUUCCAAUGCAGCAAAUGCAAGAAGAAGAACUGCACGUACAACCAGGUACAGACGCGCAGUGCUGAUGAGCCCAUGACAACGUUCGUGCUGUGCAACGAGUGUGGGAACCGCUGGAAGUUCUGCUGAUGCUGCUGGCGAGUGGGCUGGAGGGAGCAUGAUGCAAGACAAGAGGCUG